CCAAGAAAAAAUGACACCCAGUAGUCAACCCUGCUAUGAUGUCCGUGUACUGACUGACAGCGUCUCACGACCGCAUACUUCCUGCAGAGGGACACACAAACAACAUUAAACAAACCCUCACGGAGAUUGAAAUCAUCGUUUUGCCGUUCCACUUACAAACACAUACACAAAAGCACAACCAUCAUGUCGAUGUCAGCGGCGCAGGCGAGGACAGCUCUUAAAGAGGUAAUGCAAUACGCUGAGGAAGGCAUCCACUACGAUGACGACGGGGAGCUUGAACUACUAACGGAGAGAGUGCCCAGCUACUUCGAAGUCAGAGUGAACAUUCGUGCAAGCAUUGUUGCGAACGGAGAGGAGUCGCUCAGAGCACGGAUGUUAUUGGCACUAUUCACAGAGGCGCGUGAUUUGCGUGUAGACGACAGUGCUGAUACCGGUGCAUACAACUUGAGAAAAAUGGUGACUUGGAUGUGCACAGAAGGGAUGUCUGCUGAAGGGGACGUGGAUAUGACAAAGCAGCAGCAGGGCGGAACAUACACAGCAGCUGAUUUCAAGAAGAUGCUCAUGACACAGGCGAGGAAAUGGGGAAUGCUUGUUGAAGAUUCUAAUGACGAGCCGAAGAGCGGUGCAGCAGAAAUUCUGUUGCUGUCGCGUUUAAAGGACAUACCGCAAGCUCCCUCGCAAGACUUCCAAGAUCUUCCAGUCAUUAUUGCAAACGGGGUGGAGUAUGUUUUACUCGACCAUCUGGUGGAUUUCAUGCAAAAUAGUCCUCAAGAUCGGAAUGUCAUACAUGAGGCAUUGCAUGAUGUGACAGAGCAAGCACUGACGGGCAAGGACCUCGUUAACUACAAGUCCGCAAAGGAGGCAUCCCAUGAUGUCAUGAUGGUAACAACGGAGCGGUUCGGUGAGAUAACAGUGCACCCUUUCGUCAUGAACUAUAUACAGGACUAUCCUGAAAGGUGUGCCCUUGCAACUGUGAAAUUUGGUGUUUGUCCAACAUGCACAGUGUCCAAAGACGAUUUGGAUGUCAUCGCCGAUUUCACCAACUGCAGGAGAUCGCAGACGCUAGAGACGCAACUUGCCGCGGACUACUUCAACAGUGGGGACAACGACAUUCGUUGUGCUGGUGAGGCACGAAUGUCAAAAUUGGACAUGCAUAAGCAUGUUCAAGACAACGGCCUAUGGGGAUUCUACAGGGGUCCGCAUGGUGACGAUCCUGAACUAGAUUACCAUCUCGCUUUGCAACCGGACCGAGGCAAUCGGUCGACGGGUAUGACUGCAGAGGCUGGAAAGAGACCCAAGAGGGUGGACGAGGAACACUUGUUCCCGUUCACGUGGAAAUCAAGAAGACACGCCCUAUCGAUAACAAAACGGGACGUAUUGCGAUUGGGUGCCAAGCAGUGGCUGAACGAUAACGUGAUCGAUAUGUACUUACAGUCCGUCUACGACGAACAUUUUCCAGACGGAGACAAUAUGACACUUCAUGUUUGCACAUCUUUCUGGCACCCCGCAGUCAUCGUCAAUCAGAAGGUUUAUGUCGCGAAAGCGGGAUGGCAGGGGCGGAUUAAGACUCAGGAGGAAGACGAAGAGGAAAACUGUGCGGAAGAAACGUCAGAAGAAGUAGAACACGAGAGAAUGCAAGAACGAGGAGAAGGUGACAACAGUGACGGUCACCAUGAUCUCGAUGCAGAGGAGAGCGAUCCGGAGGGAGAAGAGGCAGAGGGAGAGGACAGAUCCGAUGAGGGCGGAGAGGCGGAGGAAGGCAACAGUGAAGACGAAGAAAGAGAGAUUGCAUUUGCUGAGAACAGUGCACAAUGCGGAACUGAUGAGAAAAAAGGAGGCGCACCGGAGACUUCAUCGAACGACAAGCAAAUUGUGGAGAGGGAGAAUGCACCGCUACAGGGUAAGAUGAAGGGCGCCUUAUAAAGACACCACUAUUUAUGCACAAUACAGUC